AUGAAGCUCAGCAUUGGCACAGCAAUCUUUGUGGCAUUUGCAUCAAAUCAUGUUUUUGGUUUAAUGACUCCCACCAUGAAGAGCAAAAAAAUCAUAUUGGCUGAUGGGGCUUUGGUCAAACCCAUUGAUGACUCAGCUGAAAAGUUUUCUUGUUUAAAAUGUUGCCUUUCUGCAAUCAUUGGGGAAAGAUGUGGCAAGCAUUCUUGA